AAAAUGUCAUAUAUGAGAUAAUUGUCUAAUUUUCCACAAGCCGACAGUAUAACCGACAAUAACACCAACCAACCACGCACAUACAUCAUACACUCUUUCUUCCCUUCUUCAUCUCUUUUUGGUCCCUCAACCCAACUCCUGACUCUUUCUCACCUCACGUGACCCAAUAUGAUUUUCCAAUUCUUCGCAUUGGGGGAAAAAAAAAAAGAAGUCCAAAAGAAGAAAGAGCCUGAAAAUGGGAAAACCAUCUAUUGUCUAUCCCACUUUUAACCCUAUUUUACACGAAAUUUUGUAUGGACAUGGACACCCCAAAAUACGCUCCACCGAAGAGCACGCGGCUCUUUGACCAGUCCACGCUUCCAGACAUGAAGAAUUACGUGCACGUGCAGCAGAAUCGACAGAUCCAACUCAACAGUCAAUCCUCAAGUGUCAAUUACAACCCAUAUUCAUAUCCACAACAAAAGGCCAAAUCGAACUUACCGGUGGAUUUUUUCCAUCUACAGAACAAGAUCACCGUGGCGGACCAGCUGCCACAAUUCCCGCACGAUAGCAGGGCGAUUCCGGUGUUUGAACUCACACAGGAGCAAUUUUCCAACCCCAUCAAAUUCAUCGAGAGUAUCAGUGAAAUUGGUAAACAAUAUGGAGCAGUCAAGAUUAUUCCUCCAAGUAAUAUGGGGAAGUCCGCUGUGGUAAAUGGAACCAGUGGGACUAGUGGAGCCAAUGGGAUCGGCUCCAAUUCUCAUACUGGCCCUGUAGGAGGCUCCCACGGAGGAGCUGCGGCUGAGACCGAUUCAUCAUUUAAAUCCAAUUUUCAAAUCAAUGCUGAUUUGUUUUGGUUUCAAACAAAUAGAUUAUUGAACAGUCCCGAAGGAGAUGAGUUGGAGAAUCGGUUAAAGUUUCAUCAAGACCUAAUAAGGUUCCAUUCUCGACAAAUUCGAGAAGGAGAGCGGGACACUCUGAAGGGUGGUGAAGGACGCAAGGACACCCCUCCAGUCGAUAAUGAGGUUGAUAUGAAUGAAAAUGAACCCGAAAAUGAACCUGAGAUGAAGAAGGAGCCUCUGGGGGACACAAUUGGAUGUAGAAGUGAAGAUGUAGAAAAUAGCCAUGUGGCCAAUUUAACGUCAGAACCAGUGACAGCCACACCAUCUAUUGAGUCUAAAGAGGUAGAAGGUAGUAUCAUAGAAGGAGUUAUCAAUGAUGUAGGGAAGUCGGGAGAUAAAGAGGUUUCUACUGAGAAGCAGAACAUUUCCCAAGAUGAUGAAAAGGCUCGCACCGAUGAGUUGAAAAAUGAGAGUGAGAGGAAAGAUGAGAUUAUUGAUAUUAAGGGAGAGCCCAUAGAUCUGAAGAUUGAAGAUGUCGACAUGGUGGAUUCUAAAGAUGGUAAUGAGAAGGUAGAUCGUAUAGAGAAGGUUUUUACAGAUUAUAUGAGUUCAGGAUUAAUUUCUAGAGCCCUGGAGCCCAUAGAAGGCUCCACUAGUUCUAUACAGCCUACACCCACCGAAUCUAUUGACACUUCAGGACCUACAACUUCCACAGACUCUACAUCUGUUAUAGACCCCACAGUUGCCACAGUAUCGACAACAGCUCCUAUAGAGUCGGUAGACUCUAUAACUACUGCAUCUUCUGCAGACGCUAAAACAUCUCCUAUAGUCCCCACCCCUUCUUCUACAGACUCCAAAACUACAAACUCUACAGUUUCAGACUCCACAGUCACUACAACCACUACGGGCACUACAGAAUCUAUAACUACAACUCCUACCGAACUUAUGGAAACGGAACCUGUAGAGGCGGAACAUUCCCCCUCUAUCGAAACACCUUCAACCCCAACAAAACUCCCAUCAUUUCUCAAUAAACUCCCUAUGAUCGAUAAGCGACCACUUGACCUAUACAAACUCUUCCGAUCAGUGCUCAUGCGUGGUGGGUUCAUCGAGGUGAUCAAUAAAAAAUUAUGGGCCCAGAUCGGCCGUGAGUUGGGCUACAGAGGCAAGAUCAUGACCAGCUUGAGUUCUUCUCUCAAGUCCUCAUACAUGAAAAUUUUGUACCCGUACGAGAUAUAUCUUACUCGUAAACGGGCUGACGAAGUCGGUAAAACCUCUCCUUCUGAAGUUCCAACGAUGAAGAGAACAUCAUCGGGCCCACUCAUCAUUGGGUCUCCAAAGACAUUCAAGAGAUCGGUGCGAUUGAAGAGUGACAAGGGGUUCUUGUUGAACUCUCCACACUUGACUGAUGUCAAACAACCAAACACUUUAGUAAGUAGACCAGACGAAGCUGCAACAAGUGCUUCCACAGUUUCCAACGCCACAACCCCCACUUCGGAAGACGGUCCGAAACGUAAAAAGACCAAAACUUCAGCUCCUUCUUCAGACCAGACGGUGCCCAUCACGCCCAAGUCACAACUCGCGCUUUCUUUGGAAGCUCUUGCGGAAAACCCUGGGCUUCAAGAUGCCCUGCAAAUCACUUCCAAUGGUCGGUUCCUGUCGGUUUACACCCUUCGACAAUUUAUGGAGAAGGACUUGAAGUUUCAAGAGUUUCUUAUUCAACGAAAUGCGUACAAUUUUAACAAGAUCCAUUUUUCGUCCUCGGUGCCACCGUCCCCUGGUGCUAACAGCCAGGGAAACGCUGCUACAGACUCUGGGAGCUCAACUCCGCCUUCCAAGUUCACCUAUUACGUCCCACGAGACGGAUUGGAGAAGGAAAAGUUCCCUCAACAUAGCACCCUUUCAAUGGAAAAAAAUGUGAUAAGGAUGGACAAAUUGGAAGAAAUGUACUGGACAUUCGUUGCCAAUGGAGAGGAGUACGAAAUGGAGAUGUUGAAAGACGGGCUUGAGUUGGAAAAUGGGGUCAGUUUACCCAGUGGAGUCAAUGGCUCAGGAUUCGUUCGCUUGGGAGAUGAUUUACUGAACUAUAAGUAUGUAUUAGCCAAUAGUGGUGCCAGUGCAACCAGUACGUCAAAUGGGGGUCCCUCUUCUACUGCUGUCAGUAGCUCUUCUUCUGGAACAUCACCAGGGUCAGCACCGGGGCCAGGACCUACAGGAGUCGCUACUGGCUCAACAAACUCUACCGGCACCUCUAGUUCCAAUUCAUCGACCAACGGCUCAAAUACUGCUUCUGCCGGCUCAUAUUAUAAUUCCACCGACUACUGCGCUCGCAUCAUCAGAUCGUCAUUAAACCCUUGGAACCUUCAUAAUCUUCCAAUCCUCCCUAACUCGCUUUUAGGAGCGCUUUCAGAGUCGGACGUCAAUAACCAGGAUCUCUACACACCGACUCUCAACAUCGGCAUGACGUUUUCUACAGAAAACUGGAGAGUGGAAGACCAUUUCACCCAACUCUGCAACUACCAGUUCUUUGGAGGAUGCAAGAAAUGGUACUUUGUGCCCGAGCUGGAGUUUGACAAGUUUGAGGAGUUGGUGAAGCGGAGAAACGUUCAUGAAUCGAGGAUCCAUGUUAACAACUCGCGCUGGAACUACGACUCCUUGAUGAGGUAUUUCACCGAGGAAGACGGCAGUGCUAGCACAAGGAACAACAUCGAGACUGAAGCCUUGAUGAGUUCUUUAGAGAAUAUGAUCCCACCAUAUCCAGACUACAACAACUGUCGUUUGAAGCACAGCAAUGAAGGGUUCCAGAAGUUGAUAGACAUGCAACGUAGCAAGCGGGCGUCUCCAUCGGGGUUCGUCAUGUCACUUAACCAGGACUGUUUGAUCAGUCCAGCAGACCUUGAUGCCGCAGGAAUCAGGUACACUUACACGGUUCAGAAGGCGGGUGAGUUUGUCAUCAAGUUCCCAAAGCUGUACUCGAGUUGUAUUUCAUUUGGACUCAAUCUUAGUGAGGAGGUGAACUUUGCCACAGCUUCUUGGCUCGACUACGCUCUUGACGGGGAAAAAUGGUUAAACAAACAACUUCUCUUACCCAAUUUCCUGACAUUCCGGUUACUAGUGAAUUUGGCACAGCUCCUCGAGACCACCACACAUCACCGGAUCUGCUUCGAUGCUGAGGUUUACGCUAAAGCUCUGGAAAUGUAUUCCAACAUGUACCGUGAGGAGGUUCGAUUGCGGGACGCAGUACGGAAGUUCAAUGUACGUGAAGUAGUAGUAUCUCUGGAUGAACAUCACGCGGACCUGUCCUCCUCUUUCAGUGAUGUGGACGCGGUAGCCGACGAUGACUUACUGAAUGUUUUCCCUUCUAAAGUUGUCCUCACAGACAUGGAAACGGGUCAAGUGAUGGCCAUUUCGCUUCUCAACUUCUUGGAGUACCAGGACCAGAAACACCCUGUUGUUUUCAACAGACCUUCAUCAGCCCUCAAGAUUGAACUCCAACUCUUUUGUCUGGACGAUAAACUUCGUCACUUUGACAAGACGUUGCGUGGGUAUUCGGUUGAUUUUGCCAAAUGGACAUCUAGCUUUGAACAAACCAUGCGUACCAAUGACCGUCUCCCCUUGAAGGCCUUGAAGGUUUUGUUACUGGACGGGGAAAAGAUCCGAGCUGCCACCGAAGCCGCGUCACGAUACAACAAUAUCUCCGUGGACAAGGACCGUGAGGAGUAUUCGAAAUUUCAAGGGUAUUUGGAAAACUUGAGAAAGUUUGUAGCAGAUGCAAAUGGGUUUGUCGAAGAGUGUCAACGAGUUCUUUCCGUGAAGCACCAACAGCGGAUCCGUAGUGGUGGAAGCAGACGUCGGAGUAGUCGAAUGGACGAUAGCCAACUGACAACAACUACACCACUCAUAUCUGCCCCACCUCAUCAAGAUGUCCCUGAAGAAACUAACGUACUUCAACGACUUGUUAGUCUACUUGACCGAGUGCCAACUCUCAACUUUGCAUGUCCCGAAGCCGACCAGAUUGUAGAGCUUCAAAUUGAAAUUGAAAACUUUGAACGAGCAAGUAGAAAUUUCUUAUCUAGCGGGAAAAAGAGUUCAUUACAAGAGUUUGACGACUUAAUUUCACUUGGCCAAUCUUUUGGAGUCGAGCUUCCAACUUUGAACUUCUUGAUCAGAUUGAGGGCUCGGUUGGUUUGGCUUGAAAAGUUUGACCAAAUUGUUGCAGGACUCGAGAAGAAAUUCAACUUGAAUGAUUUGAAACAGUUUUACGAACAGGGAGCCGAGAUCUUGGGUGAGUCGGAUGAGGCUAAGUAUAUACAAGUGGCUGAGAUGAUCAAACGGAGUGUUGAGUUCGACCAAAGAGUGUGCAGAUUCCUCAGCUUCAACACGGCUGACACUAUUUCAUUAAGGGAACUCGACCAGAUUGUCAAGGAUCUCGAUACAGAGGCUGGAAUUUUUACGUAUCCAGAGACUUAUGAACGACUUUCCAAAUUGAAUAGCCAUAAGCGGUUGAUUGCUCAGUUUAUCGAUUUCCGAUCGGGUCUUUUAAUCGAGGGUCAUUUCAAAGUUAAGUAUCAAGAGGCUCAACAGUUAUUGAAUGCAGUAGUGGACUCCGAAUUACCCUUGAACAAGGAUCAUAUCGUCCACAGUCUCAAGGCUGCAGAUAUGUGGGUUGAAGAGCUUCUGGCCAAUUUCAAGGAGGGUUCAUUUAGAACAACGCGUCCUGAAGGAACCCCAGAGCCAACUACAACUCCAUCCAAACUCCUUUUAAAGAAAUUAGAGCAAUUUCAAUUGAAGAAUUCGUUCAAUUUUGCUGACUCUUCGCAGGAUUCCUACAUUCUUUCAUCGUCAUACGCCAACAUCAGUGAACAGGACGUUCCUGAAUCAGAGAAGCAACCGAUUUAUUGUCUCUGUAGGGAGUACGAGGCAGGAACCAUGGUUGGAUGUGACACAUGUGGCGAAUGGUACCACGUUCAAUGUAUCCAAGAAGCGAACCAAGACUAUGAAGAGGUCGAGAACUAUUCAUGUCCAUUGUGUGUGUUUUACAAGGCCAAGAAGGGGACAGAUUCCAACUUGUCGAUCAAGCCUACCUUGACAUUGUUGGAGCAGUUUUUGGAUGGUGGUAAGAGGCUUUUCGUUCAGCCAGGAGAUCUCCAAGUGGUGGACGAGUUUGUCACCAAGUGUCAAGCCGCUGAUCGGGCUAUGAUGAGUGAAGUUGAGCGGAUCAACAGGGAUGAAGAGAAAUCCUUUGAGUUGAAGAUGGAUGAGUAUAGGUUUUAUUUGAGGAAAAUGUAUGGUGCUGGAGUCUUAUUGGACGUCUCGUUCAAUAGAGUUGCUCAAUUGAUGAAUGUGCUUGAAACGGACAAGAACAACAAAGUAUCCACCGAUGUACGCCCACUGGAAGAAAAAAUGGAUAUAAACGCAGAAGAAUCUGUUUCACAACCGACCGGAUUGAGCACUCUUACUGAAGGUAUGGGAGGUGAACUUGUCACUAUUUCCUCUUCUAUUGAUGAGUCCGCUCCCGAGGUUUCUAAGACCGAGGUCAUAGAGGUUAUAAAUCAACCAAAUCUAUUUCCAGUCAUAGAAGAGGUUGUGACAGAAAAACCAGAAGGUACAAUUACUGAGCAUGUGCAAACCGUAAUUGAAUCCAACCCUCCCGUUGAUGAACCCCCAGCUGAAAGUAUUCCUGCUGUUGAAGCCAUUCCUACUACUAUUGUGGCCAUUCCUACUACUGUCGCCCCUACCGUUGAUACCAUACCCACUUCUGAAACCACACAUAGUGUUAACCCUGAACCUCAGCCAAACUUAACUUCAUGAGUA